UCAUCACGAGCCUGCUUGUCUAUUGUGAGGAUGAGCUUUUUGUGACACUCUUCGUUUCUGUAAAAACAUUGAGAGCCCUUCACCGAAGAAUGGAGGCUAAGGCAGGAAAGUCCGCGAGCAUGAUGAGAGGGAGAAGCACUCCCGCGGACGCGCAGCUUGAGGAGUUGCUGUCUCUGAAGUGGGAUAUCAAGCAGCGAAACAUAGUAGCGGGUGCCCUUCCUCACAUGUUCGAAUCAAUUCGGUCAGCCAUUGCUUCUAAAAAUUGGACUCUGCAGAAUGCAGGGUUCUCGACCUUGAAACACCUUCUCUCUCGCUUGACCAUUCAAAGAAUGGAUCAUCAAAUUGCUUCCCAUGGCCGAGACCUAUGCCCCGUUCUCCUCGAGCGUCUCGGCGACCAAAGGGAAGACAUCCGUGCGAAAGCCGCGGAAGCCUUCACCGGCCUCUGGCCAGCCCUUCGCGACGAGGUGGAACACAAUGUUCUGAAAAAGGCCCUUGAGGGUAAAAACCCCAAAUCGAAGGCGAUGAGCAUGACCUGGCUCGCGAACAUGGCCCAGAUCUAUGACAUUCGCUUUCGCGCAUAUGUCCCCAACAUGGUUGCUUGUCUUGAAUACGCUGAUAGUGGCGUUCGAGAAGCGGCGAAAACGGCGAUUGUUGGUCUUUUUCAGGGUGCUUCCGUGAGCGCCAAAACGGAUCUUCGAAAGCAAUUGGCCGAACACAAUGUGAGAAGAUCGAUUGCCGAUGAUCUCUUGCAGACUGUCGGCCUUGACCCGGUUGAAAUAUCAUCCUCCUCGCGCCCGGCUUCGCGCGUGGAGACUACUAGAAGGCCUGCAUCGCGAAUGGAGCCGCUCAAGAGACCGGCAUCGCGGGUAGAGACCGCCAGAAGGCCGGCCUCCCGGAUGGAUUCACCUAAGAGACCCGCAUCGCGACUUGAUUCUCCCACAAAGUCCUCGCAUGCCAGUGCCCCCCGCGUCCAACCCCCGCGACCUGCCAGUACGCCCGCACAGGCGUCAUCAUCCCGACCUUCACCUUCCCAAGAGGGGGAUCUGCAGCCGAUGACAGUUGCCAGUCCUCGCGAGAUCGACGACCUGGUGAGGGACAUGCUUCCUUUCUUCGAGGGGAGAGAAACCGAGCAGAACUGGUUGCCGCGAGAGAAGAACAUUAUCACUCUCCGACGCCUUACACUCGGAAGCGCCCCACAUAGGUUCCCGGAGGCCUUUAUUGGAGGAAUAAAGGCGGUCCUUGAUAGUAGCUUUAAGGCUGUCAAUUCUCUUCGAACCACGGUCUCCACAAAUGGGUGUCUGUUUAUCCAGGACCUGGCACGAUGCUGCGGAUCCCAGAUUGAUUCUAUGGUCGAAAUCAUCAUGCAGAAUAUGGUGAAGGUCUGUUCGAACAUGAAGAAGAUCACCGCCCAGAACGGCAAUGCGACAGUGUCUGUGAUCAUUGAAAACGUCUCCUAUCACAUACGUCUCCUCCAGCAUGUGUCCAAUGCAUGCCAGGACAAGAAUGUGCAGCUGCGCCUGUUUGGUGCCGGCUGGCUGAAAAGUUUACUCACGAGACAAGCCCCUUAUAAGGGUUCGUUGGAACACGGCGGCGGCUUGACUCUUAUCAUCAUGUCUCUCAAGAAGGGACUCUCGGACGCCAACCCUGGUGUGAGAGAGGCCAUGCGCGGGGUCUAUUGGUUCUUCGUUACCAUUUGGCCUAGUAGAGCUGACGAGAUUGCGUCGACGUUGGACAAAAAGAGUCGAACCUUACUUGACAAGCACCCCGAUAGACCUACUACCGCAAUGGACGAUCCAGUGGCACCGCCGCGGAAGGCCGGCUCGCCGAAGAAAACCACGGCUCUAGAGCAGAGCGGAAAGACUUCGCAGGCUGAGCAGACUGGCAGCACUGCUUUACGGGCAGCAAUCGCCGCUCAGAAAAAGGCACUGGCCAAACCUGCCUCAACCCUUUCUGCCGCUCCUAUACGUCCACCAACUCGUACUCAGAAGAGGAAUCCUCACAAUGAAAAUUCGGCGCCUUCGUUGAAUAAAGGCCCAACCAUUUCCACCAAAAAAUCGGUUCCGGCAUUCAAGGAGGUCGUUGAGAGUCAUAACAACGGGCAUGGCCAUGUCUUGGAUGACAUCGAAAACCAGCACUGGAACGCGCAUAAGGUCAGGAUAGACGACAUCGAGGCCCAUGAACAGGGCAUGGCAGACCUUAGGAGCACAGGCGACAUCGCAAUCCCAGGAAGUGGUUUUGCAGACGGUCACGAUAUAAACGAUAUCGAUUUUCGGCAGAACGAUGUGCACCGUGAUGAUGCCGGCGAUAAUGAAACCCAGGAGAAAGCCAUCGCAGAUAGUAAGGCUACAGGCGACGUCGCAGUAACGGAGCAGAGAAUUGCAGACAGCGACAGUGCAGUCGACACAGGAACCCAGCAGAGGAACGUGCACCAGAGCGAUACCGGCGACAGCGCAGACCAGCAGAGGAACGGUCACAGUGGUGAUACAGGCGACCUCGAGGUCUGGCAGAAGUGGGCCGCAGACAAUGACCGUAUAGGCGGCAUCGCAGACCAGCAGAAGGGCAGGCGCAGUGUUGAAUCGGGCGAUCUCGAAGUCUGGCAGAAGUGGGCCGCAAAUAACGAUGGUAUAGGCGAGGUCGCAGUCAGGCAGGAUGGCGCGCACAGUGACGAAACAGGCAAUACCCAGGUCCGAGAGAAGGAAAUAGCGGACCGUAACUAUACCGGCGACAUCCAACAGAGCAACGCUCACAUCGAAUCCCGGAAUGGUGACACACCCAGUAAGAGUUCAAGCGAAAUCGAAGCCCAGCAGACCGAAACUCACAGUAACGGAGCAGGCGAAAUUGAAGUCCAGCAGAGCGACACAAGCAGUGACGAACCAGCCGGAAUCGAAGUCCAGCAGAGUGACGCGGGCAGUAACAAGCCAGGCGGAACCGCAGUCCAGCAAAGCGACGCACCCAGUGACGAAUCAGGCGAAAUCGAAGUCCAGCAGAGCGACACACUCAGUAACGUACCAGGUGGAAUCGAAGCCCAACAGAAGAACGUACAGAACGAUCGUGCAGGCGAUACCGAAGUCCAGCAGAGCGACCCAGGCAGCAACGGACCAGGCGGAUUCGAAGCCCAACAGAAGAAUGUACAGAAUGAUCGUGCAGGCGAUACCGAAGUCCAGCAGAGCGACCCAGGCAGUAACGGACCAGGCGGAUUCGAAGCCCAGCAAAAGAACGUACAGAAUGACCGUGCCGGCGAUACUGAAGUGCAGCAGAAGAGUGUCCGAAGCAAAACCAAAUCCAGUGGAAUCGCCAUCAAGGCCAUUGAAAGGAUACGAAACAAUACGAUGGAUAUCCUCGGCUAUCGAAAGCUUCAAGGACUCAUGAAACGAGGAGAUAUUUUCCCCGAGGCCGGGGGAUACCAGGAGGAGAUGCUAUGUGCCCUUGUUGAUGAGCUGGAAAAGCCACCCGAAGCCACCGAUUUGCCUUUCGAACGCUCGGUAGACCUGAAGGCUCAGGUCCUCCUUACGAUUCGCCGCAUGUUUGUACACAGUAACCUAUUAGGUUAUUUCCCCCGUGUCCUGACUGCCAUCCUAUCCGCCCGAAAACAUUACCCAGCAGCUUCACACAUCGUUGCUGGUCUUUAUGACACAGCCAACGACAUCGUUGCCGCGUGCGAUGCUGAUGUUGUUGAACCGGUGGUCGAGCUGGUUUCACGGGAGGAACGAGACGAGACUGUGACCAUGGGCGUUUGGACGUUGUCAAAUAUCAUGGAUCGUCUUCUUCAAGGGAAGACAACCAUUCGUCAGGAACUUGUGGACAAAAUCGGGUUACUUUCUGCGAGACUUCUCGCAGCGCCGAAUGCCGACAUCAGAAGACAGGUAGCAUUGUUAUGUCAGAGGCUAUAUGCGAUGGUGGGCAACGACGCCCGGUUUUGGGAGAUAUUGGGGCACCCGAUGGAGUCGUCCCGGAAUCUCCUAGUGUACUACAUCACUAGGGGAUAGUGUUGUAACACACUAGGAGAUUUCGGGACGGGGUGCCCCAGGG